ACAGCAUGCAUUGUCAUCUGUGGUUGUUUUUGUUUUUCGCGCUUUGAUUGAAAACAAAUCUGAUCCAUAUAAAGAGAAAAAUGAAACUAUUAGUAACUGACGGCAUAGUAAGAAAUGAAACGAUUUUGCCGAUAUUUAAUGGUUUCUUCGUGUGUUGUUUAUGUGGUUGUCACCCUGAUAGCUGUGUACAAACUAUACUGUGUGGUUGGUGACAAAGAAAGUGAUGGCAUUUCCCAAUUGCAUUAUCCUGGCAUGAAUACUCAUAUCUCCAAAACAGAGUACUUGAAAAUCAGUUUGAACAGUGAAACAACAGAUAAAAGAAGUAAUGUGGAAAUUUGGGGAAAAGCUGCUAUAGCGAAAUAUCUGUGGCAUCAUAUUUUGGAUGGAAAAGUUGAAAAUGGAGAAGGUGGUUUAGUUGAGACAGGUUUCAAAAUACUGCAUGGCAUCAACUUUACAUAUCGAUAUGGACCAGGUGUUAUACAAACUACAGUGCCUAGUGAUGUGGAAAAACUUGUGCUAGUGUUAAAUGGUCGCUCAGAAGAGAAAAUUAAUGUUGCAAAGCAGUGGUUAGAUUAUGUUCCUCUUUACAAAAAACUGACCCACAUUGCAGUUGUGUUAUUAGGAGAUGAAGGUUGUAGUAACGAUUGGCUCCUUCCAUAUAUGAAGUCCAGAGGAGGAAGAAUUGAUGUUGCCUUUCUGGUGUAUGAUUCACCACUGAUCGAUAAUGUCCAGUUUUAUCAGUGGCCUCUUGGAGUUGCGGUGACCACGAGAAAUCAACAUUUGUUGGCCUUCCUUUUCACCCAGUAUUCCUUCGUACACAACGAAUGGGCUAGUUUUCAUUGCGCAGACCACGUAUGUUGUUACCGGGGCUUCCCGGAUGUGAAACCUAAAGAUUUGGAUCUCAAGUCAUCUCGAUCCCUCACCUGUAACUUUUUGGGAACAAUAUACGAGAACUCAUCACGUCAGUUACUAACGGAUGUAAUAAAAAAGUCUGGUUUGCAGGAUAGUUGUUACAUAAAAGGCCGUAAGAAGUGGCAGCCAAAUGAAACUCCGGAAACACUCAAGAUAUAUAUGUCAGCUCUUCUUAAAUCAGACUUAACACUUAGUCCAGUGGGAAAAAAUACUGAGUGUUACCGUAUUUAUGAAGCAAUGUCAUUAGGGAGUGUCCCAGUUGUAGAAGAUGUUGUUACUCCAGGAAACUGUGAUACGUCUGCAGACUCUCCACUAAGGUUAUUGAAGCAGUAUGGGGCCCCAAUCAUUUAUGUUAAAAGCUGGCACCAGCUUCAUAUUGUGCUUCACCAGGAAUCACAGUUGACUGUUGAGGAAAAAGCUGCAAGGAGAAUACAAGUCACUGAAUGGUACAAAAAUUUCAAGACACAUAUGAGUGCCUCAUUUGUUCAAUUAAUUGAAAAGAAAUUUUUAUAAAAAAUAUAUACUUUUCAUUUUGUAUACUACAAAUUACAGUUUCUAUAUUCUAUUGUUCAGUAUUAGCAGGUAAUUUUUGUGGAACUAAUAUUUCUGGUAGAUGAUAUUUAAAUAGAGUUAAGAACCUUAUAUGAUCCGCUGUUGUCAUUGUGACAGAAAACCAGAACAAAUUUAUUACUGUAUAUGAAAAAAACUGUUUGAGCUUUUUGCUCUUGAAAUACAAAGUAUGUGUUUGCUAAAAUUUAUUUUUUAAAGUAACAAAUGUACAUACAUUUUAUCUAAUGUGCCAAAUAGGAACAAAGAUAGUGUGCCACACUUUGUUUUGUUUAUCUUCAGUAUGUUAUAAACUUCUUGACUUGAUAUUUUUUGUAUGUUGAUGUAGUUGAUUUAAUAACUCCAAUAAAAUUUAUCGUGGGUGGAA